AUGUCGUCCGUACCGCUCCUGCGGACCCCGGUCCCUAGCAAUCAGCGCAACGGCAGUCCACGAGUUCCGAAGCUCACUCUAGGCAUUCCGCCAUCCCCCAACGCCAAACCCGUCAAUGGCAAUGGUGUUCCAGCCAUGACAGAUCUUCCACAACCUCUACCGGCUCCUUCCCGUCCGGCUCUUCGUCCUGCUUUGCGCUUGGCAACUCCCAUGGGCAGCAAUCAGAAUGCCCCGCACUCCAACUCCGUGCCUAAUGGCCGCCCAGCACGUCCAUCUCCUCCUACCCUGGCUCUUUCAACUGGAAAUCUCGGCGUAAAUGGCCAACCGACGUUAAAUGGAAAUGGUCGCGGAAGUGGCCCGAUCUCUGCAAACUCAUCGGUCUCCACAGUCGAUGUCGCGAGGGGUCUUCGUGAGUCUGGUGGCUCGGAUCCUUCAUCUGCUAUCAGCUCCUUCAACUCCGACAAUGAGGGUAGUUCCCAGUUGGAAGGUGAAGAUGGUGUGAGCGCACUGACUGUGGACCUUGAUCAAAUGAGUAUUGAGAAAGGUCGUCCCCUCGAUGUCGAAGACUUGGACGAUAAGGGUUGGCACGCGGCCAGUGAACAAAAGAAGAUCAUUGAGCUGGGCAGUCUUGGUGAAGGUGCUGGAGGAGCUGUUACUCGGUGUAAGCUAAAGGAAGGAAAGACAGUCUUUGCCUUGAAGAUCAUUACAACCGAUCCCAACCCUGAUGUUAAGAAGCAGAUCGUUCGUGAACUCAACUUUAACAAGGACUGCGCUUCCCAACACAUCUGUCUUUACUACGGCGCCUUUAUGGACAAGACGUCGGGCACAAUUUCCAUUGCGAUGGAAUUCUGCGAAGGCGGCAGUCUUGACAGUAUCUAUAAAGAGGUCAAGAAGCUUGGUGGUCGAACUGGAGAGAAGGUGCUUGGAAAGGUUGCAGAAGGAGUGCUUAAUGGCUUGACCUACCUGCACAGCCGAAAGAUUAUCCACCGAGACAUCAAGCCUUCCAAUAUCCUUCUUUGCCGCAAUGGCCAGGUUAAGCUCUGCGAUUUUGGUGUCAGUGGCGAGUUCGGCACCAAGGGUGAUGCCAACACGUUCAUCGGUACCUCUUACUACAUGGCCCCAGAACGUAUCACCGGUCAAUCCUACACUAUUACUUCCGACGUGUGGUCCCUAGGUGUCACUUUGCUGGAAGUUGCCCAGCACCGAUUCCCUUUCCCUGCCGAUGGCACUGAAAUGCAGCCUCGUGCAGGAUUAAUAGACCUCUUGACCUAUAUUGUCCGCCAGCCCAUUCCGAAAUUGAAAGACGAGCCAGAAAAUCGGAUUCGCUGGUCGGAUAACUUUAAGUAUUUCAUUGAGUGCUGUCUCGAGAAAGAACCUCCUCGACGAGCAACUCCUUGGCGGAUGCUGGAACAUCCUUGGAUGCAGGACAUGAAGACUAAAAAGGUCAACAUGGCGAACUUUAUUGCCCAGGUCUGGGGCUGGAAGAAUUAA